AUGGCACUGUUCGAAGUAAAAAGAUAUACGACAUUUGAUGAGACUGUUCAUUCAGCAUCAAAACAUUCAGUGUUGGAAAAACUCUUGAAGGAAGCAAAAAAGCGAGAGAAAGAGUCACAGGCAAAUCAAGAAGAAACUCAACCUUGUGACACCACAGAAAGGAGAAAACACAAACGUAAAGAUGACUAUGAAUUGGACAAUGUUUCUAAGAAGAAGAAAAAGAAAUCUGAGUCAUCAGACACAGAAAAAUUAUCUCCAAAUGAGGAGGCUAUCACUACAGCAGAAAUGGCAGAAUCUGAGGGUCAUGAAAAAGCUUUGGAUAAGGUUGAUCGUGUCCUUCCAAACUGGUUGGCCCACCCGAGUGAAAUCAAGUCUGAUGUGACAACUGACCAUGUUCCUGUCUCACAAUUGCCUGAUCUGGAUGCUGACCUUAAACAAAAGCUGCUCGAUAAUGGAAUCAUGCAUUUCUUUCCAGUUCAGUACCAGGUGAUCCCAUCGUUGCUUAAUGAUAUCAAAUUUGGAACUGGAAUUGGUUGUGGUGGUUUCCGUGCAAGAGACAUCUGCUGCUCCUCCCCAACAGGCAGUGGAAAAACACUGGCCUUUGUACUUCCAAUUAUUCAAGCAUUGAAAAACCGUGUCGUUCGACGAAUACGUGCAUUGGUCAUCUUACCUGUUCGAACCCUAGCACAACAGGUGUACAAAGUUUUCCAAACAUAUGCAGAAGAUUUUGGGCUAAAGGUUGGCCUUAUCAUGGGUGAAAAAAGGCUUGAAAGAGAACAGAUGUCUCUAGUUAAGAAAAGGGGAGAUGGCUAUGAAAGUUUGGUUGAUAUAAUUGUUGCAACACCUGGAAAACUUGUGGAUCACAUUUCUUUGACAGAAGGAUUUGAUCUGAAACAUUUAAGAUUCUUGGUAAUUGAUGAAGCUGACCGAGUUAUUGAUGACAUCAAACACGAUUGGUUGGCGCUGGUAGAAAAGGCAGUAUACAAAACGAAUGUUAAUGGAAAUAUUUUUGAUAGUGAAUUCAUCCGUCCCAAACCUGGUCCUCUCACUGUUGCAAAUUGUUUGAAAAUAAACAUUCCGUUUCAGAAGCUGCUUUUCUCCGCAACAUUGUCAGACAAUUCCCAGAAAUUAAAACAGCUGAACCUCUUUCAGCCACGACUGUUUUCUGCUACAAAGAACAGCAUGCAGAAGCCAGGAACCAAAACGGAACCUUCAAAAAAAGUCAAGGAGAGUAAGACACCUGUCCUCAAAGCAGCAGAAGACAUUGCCCAAGAAUUUGUAAUUCCUAAAUGUCUCACAGAAAAAUAUGUCAUAUGUACACCAUCAUACAAGCCCUUGAUUCUUUUCCAUUUGAUAUCAGCCAUGAAAUAUCGAAAUGUGUUGUGUUUCACAAAGUCUACAGAAUGUACGCACAGGCUAUUUCUGCUUGCCAAGUUCAUCAAAGAGUUCAGAGUUGCCAAAAUAACUUCUGAAGUGAAAAGGGAUCAGAAAAAGAAAAUCCUUUCCUGGUUUGAAGCCCAAAAAAUUGAUUUACUUGUCUGUACAGAUUCAAUGGCUCGAGGAAUGGACCUCAGUAAUGUACAGUUGGUUGUAUCGUACGACUGCCCUAACCAUGUUGAAACCUAUGUUCAUCGGGUUGGUCGUACUGCAAGGGCUGGGAAAGAGGGAACUGCAAUAAGUUUACUUCAAGUCAAAGAGGUUACUCAUUUCAAGACGUUUCGAAAGAAGUGUGGAAGCACAGAGAACUUAUCCAGGUUACGGAUUAAAAAUGAAGAUCUAGAACUUCUGAUUCCAAGAUUAAAGGAAGCCCUUGAGUCGUUACCACAAACAUUGAAGAAUGAGAAGAAAAGAAGAAAUACAAAAUCAGUUGACCUGACCUUGGCGGCGGCGGCAGCAGCAGUAGAAAUGGCAUCUGCUUUCCUACGGAUUACCAUGGGUCGGUCUUUGUCAAGACUGACCCUUGCCGUUUCGGCCCGAAAUGAACCUACCAUUGUAGCUAUUGCACAGAGACAUUUGCACCGUAACCACGCCCUUCUAGGUACAAUGAAUAUAGAAAUGCCAUCACUUUCACCAACAAUGACAGAAGGGACAAUAGUUAAAUGGUACAAAAAGGAAGGUGAUAGCAUAUCUCCAGGUGAUGUUCUCUGCGAUAUCCAAACAGACAAGGCAGUCGUUAGUAUGGACACAGAAGAAGAAGGUAUUUUGGCAAAAAUUAUUGUGAGUUCUUUUUUUUUUUUUCAUUUAUACUUUUUGCACAUUUUUGACCGGCCCACUCUUCUCUCCAUUGUUAAACACUGUCUCUUUUUGUGUCUGUUUGUCUAUCUGUCUCUGCCUCUCUUUUUCUCUCUCUCUUUGUCUCUGUCUCUCUUUCUUUGUCUGCCUCUCUCUCUCUCUGUGUCUCUUUUUCUUUCUCUGUGUCUCUUUUUCUCUGUCGUUCUCUCUCUCUGUCGUUCUGUCGUUCUCUCUCUCUGUCAUUCUCUCUCUUUUUCUGUUUGUCUCUCUAUGCCAGAAAAUUCCAAAGAUGUCAAAAUUGGAACUUUGAUUGCUUUGAUGGUAGAUGAAGGUGAUGAUUGGCAGUCUGUUAAUGUACCUCAAACAAAAGUUGAACCUGUUCAGACUCCUGCUGCCUCUGCCCCUGCACCUGCCACAGCUCCUGCUGCAGAACUAUUUCAUGGGAUCAAGAUAACAAUGCCAUCUUUGUCUCCAACAAUGACUGAAGGAACCCUUGUGAAAUGGCAUAAAAAAGAAGGUGAUGUGAUAGCUCCAGGAGACCUGCUUUGUGAUAUACAAACUGAUAAAGCUGUUGUCAGCAUGGAUGUUGAAGAGGAAGGAAUUCUUGCCAAGAUUCUUAUGCCAGAAGGCAGCAAAGAUGUGAAGAUUGGCCAAUUGAUUGCCCUUAUAGUGGAGGAAGCGGCACCCCCUCCUCCUGCUGCUGCUGCUGCCGUUGCACAUGGAGCCACCCCAGCAGUGGAAGCCGCUUCCAUGGCUAAGAUUGAAGCUAUUCAUUCUUUGACAGGAGUUGGUCCUUCUGUUAAAAAAUUAUUGGAGGAAUAUCAUAUCAGCCCAACAGAUAUAAAAGCAACUGGUCCAAAAGGCCAUCUCCUUAAGGGAGAUGUCCUGUCUGAGAUUAAAAACAAGAAUUUGAACAAAGUUGAUUUUGCUCAUCUACCUGUGGCGGCCCCUAAACCAGCAGCUCCUGUUGUGACUCCUGUGGCACCAGCACCCUCCAAACCAUUAGCACCUCCACCUCCUCCACCCCCAGCAGCAGCAGCAGCAGCCACUUUUAUAGACAUCCCCACAACAAAUAUGAGAAAGGUCAUUGCUCGAAGAUUAACGGAAUCUAAGACAACCAUUCCACACAGUUAUGGCUCUGUCGAGUGCAAUGUAGGAAAUGCACUUAAACUCCGAAAACAGCUGAUAGCUGAAAAGGUCAAAGUUUCUAUGAACGAUUUUAUUAUUAAAGCAGCUGCAUUAGCUCUACAGAGAGUUCCUGAAAUGAAUGCCACUCUUCAAGGAGAUACCCCAGUCCAGUCUGACAGUGUUGAUAUCUCCAUUGCCGUCGCAACACCAAAUGGACUUAUUACCCCUAUCAUACAAGAUGCUGCCAAUUUAGGAGUAGAAGAGAUCUCAUCCAAAUUUUAUUAUUUUUCCUGUUUUUUUCAACACUCUUCAAAUCAUUACAAAUGCCUUAAUUUGCAGGAAUUCUUCAGGUGA